AUGUAGGAACUGGUACAGGACAAGCCGCAAACAUUUUAUCGGAUUCAUUCAAUAAAGUUUAUGGUAUUGAUUUAUCACCAGUGAUGUUACAAAAUGCAAUUUGUAAACCGAAUAUUCAAUAUUUAGUUGGAAAGGCUGAAGAUUUAUCUUACUUUAAAGAUUCUUCAAUUGAUUUAUUAACUGUAGCUGGAGCUUUUCAUUGGGUUGAAUUAACAAAUUUUUUUCAAGAAUCUCAUCGUGUGUUGAAACCAAAUGGAACCUUAGCCAUUUGGGCUUAUAAGUAUGGUAUUUUUAAAAAUGCGCCUAUUGCAACUAAAUUAUCAAGAGACUUCCGUAUGAAUCUUAUGGCCCCUUAUUUUGAGAAAGGUAUAUAUACAGUCAAUAAUUUAUAUCAAGAUAUUAAAUUUCCUGAAGAAUUCUAUCAAAACGUUCAACGGGAAAUACAUGAUGAAGAAAAUAAUGAUGAUAAAAGCCAACAUAUUGCAGUUAAUUGGAAUCUUACUCAAUAUGGAAAUUAUUUGAGGACAUUGAGUUUUUAUACAAAUUAUUUGGAGAAAAAUCCAAAUGCAGAGGAUCCUGUCGAUGAACUAAUUUCUAAUAUGAAAGAAGCUGAAGGUUGGAAUGGUGAUGAAUUGUUGCCAAUAUCUUUUUUUCCUGUUAGUAGUG